CUUUGGAAAAUCUGAGAAAAAAUUGAGUUUCAUGAACUGAUUUACGUUGAGAGAGUUAAAGGGGUAAGUUGCUCUUAGAGUGAAAUAAGUUUUGUGGUAUAGAGAGAGAAAGCAAGAGAAAGUUUUUUAGAGAGAGAACCUCUCAAUUCUACGAUAACAAUUUUUUCCCUCGCUCUUAAAGGAUAAGUUAAUCUUUUGUUUUUCUUUACUGUAUUUAGCUUUUUUUUUUUUUUUUUUUUUUUUUUUUUUUUUUUGUCUAUAGCACUUAUGAAGGAAAAAAAAAAGUAAAAUUAAAGUAACAUUUCGCUGCUCGCUGCUCGCUGCUCGCUGCUCGGCUACUCCCACCAAGUCCUGCUUGCGGAUCACCACUAAGUUUUCAAUUUUCCGUCUACUAACGUAUUGUUCUUGAAUUCAUGCAACUCAGAUUGUUCAGCUUUUUAUCAUGCUCCUAAUCAAUCGAAUUUGUGCAUCUUUUGUCACCCUUAGAAUUAUCUCAAAUUACAGCACGAAAUCCUUACUCUCUCCUCCUCCUCCAUCAACGUCUUUCCACCCUCCUACUGUUCCUAACUCAAAACCCAUCUUAAACCCACUUUACUCCUUCCUCCCAGAAACUCAAAACCCCAAAAACUUAGUCAAUCUCAUUUGUUCAGCUCUCAAACAACCCAAUUUUCAGACUAAACUUCUCUCAAAUCAAUUGCAAGACCUAAUUCCUCACUUGGGUACCCAAGAAAUUUCCAGGGUUUUGCUUCGAUGUCAAUGUGAGUCUCAAUCUUCUCUUAUUUUUUUCAAUUGGGUGAAAAAUGAUCUGGGUAUUAAGCCAAAUUCUCAUAAUUACUGUAUUAUUGUUAAUAUUUUGGUUUGGUCCAAGAAUUUUGUUCAAGGGAUGAAACUUUUGUCUGAAUUGAUUCAUUUAGAGUCAGAUAACGGUGAAAAAGUUGACAUUUUUCAGGGUUUGGUUUCAUGUUCAGAGGAUUGUAAUUGGGACCCAGUUGUUUUUGAUAUGCUUAUAAAAGGUUAUGUUAAAGAUGGUUUAAUUAAGGAAGGUUAUAGGGUUUUUAGGAAGAUGGUCAAGCUGGGUUUUGUGCCUCAUGUUUUGGCUUUUAAUUGUUUGUUGAAUGGACUCUCGAAGGCGAAUUGUAUUGAUAAAUGUUGGGAACUUUACAGAGAGAUGUGGAGAAUUGGAAUAAACCCGAAUACUUGUACGUUUAAUAUUUUUACUCAUGUGCUGUGCAAGGACCGGAGUGUAGACAAGGUUAAUGAGUUCUUGGAGAAGAUGGAGGAAGAAGGAUUUGUGCCUGACCUUGUGACUUAUAAUACACUAAUUGGUAGUUAUUGUAGAAGUUGUAGGUUGGAUGACGCGUUUUAUCUGUAUAAAAUUAUGUAUAGGAGGGGUGUGGUUCCUGAUCUAUUCACGUACACUUCAUUGGUGAAUGGACUCUGUAAGAGUGGAAAGUUAAAGGAAGCUCAUGAGAUUUUUCAUAGAAUGGUUGAUAGAGGAUUGACUCCGGAUAUUGUAUCAUAUAACUCCCUUAUUCACGGCUAUUGCAGAGAGGGAAAGAUGAAAGAAUCGAGGCUCUUAAUUCAUGAAAUGAUUGGGAAGGGGAUUUGCCCAGAUAAUUUCACUUGCCAGGUGCUUGUUGCAGGAUACGUGAAAGUGGGUAGUUGGCAGUCUUGUUUGAAUAUGGUUGUGGAGCUUAAAAGUUUUGGAGUUCCAAUAUCUUGUGAUAUAUACAAGUAUUUGAUUAUCUCUUUGUCUCAGGAGAAUCGCCCAUUUGCAGCGGUUAAGCUUUUGGAUAGAAUGUUGGAAGAUGGACAUGUUUUGGACGACGAGAUAUAUGAUAAAUUGAUUAAAUCGUUCUGUGAUAAUUAUCAUGUAGAAGAAGCAUUGCUAUAUAAAAGGGAGAUGCUAGAAAGGAGUUUCAAACCAUGUUUAGCCAUAUAUCAAAAUCUAAUAAGCUGCUUGUGCAGUUCAGGAAGAUGUUUGGAGGCUGAAGUUUUGAUGCAAGAAAUGGUUAUAUAUGACCUUAAACCUGACUACAAUAUCUGUAGAGCUUUGGUAUCUGCGUUUUGUAAAGCAAAAAAUUCUGAUAAAGCAGAAUUGUUGCUCUUUUCCCUUGCUAUGAAGUAUCAGCUUUACGAUACAGACAGUUAUAAUACACUUCUUAAGAGUAGGAGUGAGCAUAGCAGCAUUACUGAGUUAAUGGAGUUACAGGAUAAGAUGCUGAAAUUGGGCUUUGCACCUAAUGGUUUGACUUGCAAGUAUGUGCUUCAGGGUUUGCAGAAUGCUGUUAUCAAGGAUAAUUGCGAUGUUGAAGUUUGCAGUCAGUAAAUGUGAGAUCAAAAUGAUCGUCAUCUUCUUGUGUGCAUCUUGAUUUAAAGUUACCCUUCACUCCUACUGUUUUAUCUAGUUCUGUGGCUGUUGGAUGCUCAUUUGUUCCCUCUCUAAUUAUGUCAAAAUAAUGAAGAAAGAGACAGCAAGAGGGCUAGUUGCUGAUGUGGAAAUCUAAAGACUGAUAUGUUGAUGAUAUGGCUUCGCUUCUUUUUGAAAGAUUUUACCAGAAUCUGAUUCCUGAGACCCUGGAGGGUGCUGAUAUGUUACUGAGUGCAAUGAAUAUGUGAAAAUAUUUUUUAUAAAGUACUUUUUUUUGGGAGGGGGGGGGGGGACAUUUAUGAUCAUGUUUUGAGCUUUAUUUGGGGUAUUCUGAUUGGCUUGUAGUUUUAUCCACUCCAUAUUUUGGUUGAAGCCUGAUGGGUACUCUUUAGCGAAUGAAGCCCUGCGGGUUCUGGUAAAUCUGUAUGGAGGUUGAGAAAAUGUGAUAUAUUUAAAUUUUGAUUUGAUCAAACAGCAAGGGAUUAUGGUAUGGAUUACCAAGAGCAAGACCUUAGGGGUCAAUUUACUUGUGUUCUUUAACGGAGAUAGCAGUACUACUGUCUGAGCCAUGUGGAGUGCAGCUUCUUCUGCCUUUUCUGGUGAUCAUCUGAAGGUGUUUAUCUUAAUGUCAAAUGGGAUGCACCAGGACCUCAUGAGCUAGUUUGUUGCCUUAUGCCUGAAGCUGGACUCUAUUGUUCGUGUAGGGUCUGCUGCUAAUCCAUUUGCUUAAAUAUUCUUGACAGUUGAGUCUCCAAUGUCAUAAAACUGAGCUUGAUGGUAGACAAACGACUACAAAGAAAUAACAGAAAUUUGUUGAUCUAUGAAGCAGUGUACAUCACUAUUACACUAUGUUGCUCAAACACGCAUUGAGUGUCUACUCGGAUACGGGUAUCCAAGUGUAUGACUCGUCUAUUUUGUAGAAAAAAAGAUAACUUUUUAGUUUAAAAUGAAGUAUCCAAGUAAAGUGUCGUGUUGGACACGACACGACAUAACACCCGGUUCUGAAGGUAUAUGAAGGUGUCGGAGUAACAUAGCUAUUACAUGAUGAUCCAAAGUGUAUCCAUAUUGUGCACAAAUAUAAUUAAGGGAAAUUCCACUUGGUACCAUUGAACUUUGGGCUUUUGCCCCUUUUCCAUUUGGCACCUAAUUUUUUUUCGGAUUCUAUAUGGUAUCAAUGUAGUUUGGACUUAUUCUCCAUUUUAAAGUAAACAAAACAUUAGUUUGGGGAAAUAGGCUUAGGAGUUUGUCUAAUUUUGCGUAAUUAAGGUUUUGGGUGUCAUUUUCGUCAUUAAUGACCAAAUUUAAGGUCCAAUUUGGUAAAGAAAAAAAUAAGUAGGCAUUUCAUAACACGUAAAACGAGGUUCUAAUCGAUCGUUUUUCUUCAAUUUCGACUUUGUUUUUGACCCAUAAGAGCCAAAAUGACUCGCAAACCUUAGCUGAACUAUUCUCGAUGCACUAGGCACGUAGUCGAGGCAAACUACUAACCCUAUUUAACCCAAAACUAAUGUUUUAUAUAACCGAAUGUUAUGGUAGAGAGUAAGUCCAAACUACAGUGGUACCAUAUAGAAUCCAAAGAAAAAAUGGGUAUCAAAUGGAAAAGCCAAAAGUACAUUGAUACCAAAUGGAAAAGCCAAAAGUACAAUGAUACCCAAUGGAAUUUCACAUUAAUUGAAUGAGGGGACUCAUUCUUAUACACUAUGGUUCAUUUAUAAGAUAUGACUUGGCAUGGGCUCUCCUAUUAAGCAUGUGUCUUCUGCCUUAUAUUAACCCUUGGAUAGAAGCGAAUUAGGAUUGGAAACAUCUUUUUGGUUUCAAUUUGGGAACUCUAUCUUCAGAGUUGAGCACGAAAUGAGGUGAUGCUGAACCAAUGAUUGGAGCUGAUAUUUCUGGGUCUUUCUUUAAAACUUAUCUUGUGGUCUAAUGUAAGUGUUCAAGAUCCCGACACAUCCGGGUGUCUUAGGUGUAGGAGUUGGCUGAAAUGAAGAAAUUUACUUUUGCUUGGACCGUGGAGAAGUAUAUGGCGUUUCUUAUAGACAAGUGCUUGUUGUAGACGAAUACUUGCACUUUCAGUUUAAUUUGCAAGCUUAGUAACCAUGUGUGGUAUCGCUGGGGAAGGCAUAGACUUUUGGGGCGAGAUUUUAUCACAGUUGGAUGAGAUUACAUGAGUUGUUUAGUUGGAACCUGGUACUUCUUUUCUGUUUUUGGUUCCCCCCCCCCCCCCCAAAAAAAAAACCAA